UGAUACCUCGACGUCGCUCUAUUCCCAUGUAAAUUGCAUGUGUAUAUUAAAUGAAUCGUAAAGUUGGUGACUCCGUGGAAAAUCUCUCCGGGGAAACAUUUUCGUGGGCCCAUGGCGAAUCCCCUCCCCCUAUCGACGUAACUCGGCGUGUGCAGUCUAGCUAGUUCACUCAUAAGUCGAGGAAGUAGACGCCCCUGACGAUUGUUUCUACCUGAAGUCAAUCGCGAAGUUGCCAACCAGUUGUCAAGUUUUUCACUUUGCAACAGCUGCUGAGAAGGCUUUACGAUAUUCAAUAUGCGCUCCCCCCGGGCUCUGCUUGUCUUCGCUGUCUUCGCUGCCACAGCGGCAGCCAAACCCGAGAAAAUUCGAGCUGUCCAGGACCCUAUCUUCCAUUGCUACCUACAGGCCUUCCCUAAUGACCCCACCAUCGCCGUCAUGGGCCCAGAGGCGAGCAGCGAGUACUUCAACAUCGCCGACUCGAUCCAGAGCACCAACACGAGCGCGUACCUGAACAUCGGGAGCGAUACGAUGAGCUAUAAGACGCUUACCUUUGGGAAUACGUCGAGCUCGAGUGUGUGGGCCCUCGAGGGGGAUACGAUUAUUACGAAGACGAGUAGUAGCUUUGGGAGACAACUCAACUUCUUGGCUUGCGAGUUGGAUGGAAACUACUGGCAGAUAUACCUACAAACGGGAAGUGCUACGCCCAGUGACAAGAAUUGCAGCAAUUACCAGUCGUUGCAUCUGCCGUGUCUGUGCUGAGAUACAGGGACCGAGCGGUAGUUUGGAAUGAGAAAUUGGUUCGUUGACAAGAAGAUAGCAGUCAUUGCUGCACGAUUUGAACAAACUUCACACUGCCGUGGAGCAACUCAACAACCAG